UAUCAACAUUUUAAACGUGGACGAGACCUCAAUCACCGUUGGGACAAUUAACUCCCUAAUUUCCGAUCCCUAAAUUUCCAUUUUUAAACCCAGGAAAAGUAAAAGAAAUUUGCUUCGAUAUUUCGUAGUACAAGAAUUGAAAUCUGUUAAUUUCUAUGAACCUUGGAAAAACGUUCAAAGCUGCUGAAUUGAAGGACGCGAUUGAAUUGUAAUUCCCAGAAUGGAUCUGAAUCCACCUGCAGGGGAGAAUUAUGCUCAUCCAUGGAUAUGCUUCUUCCACGUGGUCUUCAAGGCUGCAGCUUUGGCAUUUUAUAUGCUUUCAGCUUUUUUUGUUGAUAAUUUUGUCAUCAUUUUUGUGGUUACUGUACUCCUAUCUGCACUUGAUUUUUGGGUUGUCAAGAAUGUAAGUGGACGCAUCUUGGUGGGUUUAAGGUGGUGGAAUGAAAUAAAUGAAGAUGGUGAAAGCGUAUGGAAAUUUGAAUGCCUUGACCAAGAGUCACUUGCACGGAUGAACAAGAAGGAUUCGUGGCUGUUCUGGUGGACCUUAUACCUUACAGCUGUUGUGUGGAUCUUCUUUGGGAUAUUCUCUCUCAUAAGGUUUCAUGCUGAUUAUGUUCUAGUUGUCGGGGUUUGUUUGAUCCUAAGCAUUGCUAACAUUGUCGGCUUUACUAAAUGCCGAAAAGAUGCUAAGAAACAGCUUCAAGCAUUUGCCACCCAGAACCUUACUUCUCGGCUAUCGUCUACCAUUCAAUCAGCAUUCACCGUUGUAUGAAAAACUCGAUGAGAUUGAGAAAAGAGCUUCUGAUAAUCUUAAGAAUUCAUGGUUUUUUUUUUCCUAUCUGAUCAUUGUAUUUGGUGAUAUAGAAUUGUUGCUUUUGCUAGCGUUAUGUAAAUUUGAUCAGAAUGCCUUGUACACGAUCUAUACUGGGGAAAGUUAUUCAUAAAUAUGUUAGGAAUUCAACUAUUCGGUGCUGUUAAAUUUUCCACAUUUGUCACUACAGAGCUUAUUCUUCUUAUUCAUA